AUGGCAGAGGAAGAUAUGACAACCUCUGGCUCCGCACGCGAUACUGGCAAGAUGCCAGAACGCGAGGAAUCCGAGGAUGGCACGCCCAGUCCUAUGCCGAUACCUACGCCGAAUCCUAACGGCAUGGUGACCAUGGCAGCAGCAGAUCUCAUUGCACUCUGCGAGCGACUGAUAUCAGCACGCGCGCCGCCACCUCCUCCACCUCCUCCACCACCUCCACCUCCUCCGAACCCUAUACCAGAAGAAGAUCCGAACAUGCUGGCUCGCGAAUACCAGAAGGAAGCGCAGGCCUCGUUGAACACAAAGUCCGUCACCACGUUCGAUGGCACCAACUACCAGACGUGGAAGAUGGCGUUCUUGUCGGAUGCAGAAGUGAUCGGUGGUGCAAAUAUUCUUAAUAAGAACCAACAGGAACCACCUGAAGGUUUAUCAUCGCUCGAUCAGCGAUAUUGGGUGAUACGUUCAAAACUUCUCUUCCGUCGCAUGUUGCAAUCCCUAGUAGGUUCUGUCCGUUUGACCAUGGGAUCCAUUCAACCCGACAACGCGGCGGCCCUAUGGAACAAGGACGGUGAUUACCUGGCGUACGUACGCCGAUAUCAAUACCUGUCUGCUCGCAUGCGACAACUAACGGAGGACCGUGGUGAGAACUACCUCCAUGAUUUCUUUAUUAUCGGCCUCCGAGAUUAUCAGAGGACCUAUGUUAAAUCACGCCUCGAUACGUUCUACGGGACGGGUCAGGGUCCGAUUGUCAACCUAGAUAUCAACGAUCUCACAAAACAAAUUGCUCACCGGAUGAGUAAAUCAGAGGGUACUGGACGCCCUAAAGCUCCAAAGGCCAACGCGGCCACCAAUGAUAAUGACAACACAACUUCCGCCGCAACCGCAAAGUGCGGAUACUGCAAGGUCCCAGGGCAUAUAAAGGCUAAUUGCUAUCAUCUGAACCCUGACAAAGCGCCCGAGUGGUGGAGGAAAGAGAAUAAGGAUAAUAAGGGCACUGACAACACUGAAGGUGCCAAAAAGAAGGGAAAGGAUAAGAAGAAGGACAAGGAUGACGACAAACCUACUGGCACCAGAGCGCCAGAUCUCCUUGCAUCGCAACCUAAUGCCAACGCAGCAAUUGCUUUAUCUACGUCGUCCGCUACAACAUCCAAACCUUGGUAUCUCGACACCUGCGCAAGCUUCAAUAUGACGGGUGAAAGGCACUCGUUGGUGCGCGCAAAGUCGUUCGAAGGUGAUUUAGAAAUUACUACCGCGGACGGUGGCAAUCAGAAGGGGGGGAUAUCUCAGUGGGUUACGUCCACUGGAUCCCCAAUCUAA